GAAAUACAUCAGAUAGAUAUAAAAUCAGCAUAUCUGUAUGGACAAUUGAUGGAAGACAAGGAAAUAUAUGUUAAACCUCCUCCAGGUAACUUAAUAGACAGACUACAGAAUGGACAAAUAUUACAAUUACAAAAAGUGCUAUACAGAUUAAAACAAGCUGGUAGAAGAUGGUAUAAAAUGCUAUCUAAUAUACUACUUAAAUACAGAUUAACAAAAUCUGAACAUGAUAAUACUGUAUUCUUUGCAAAGAAGAAAGAAAUAACUGUAGCCAUAUUAUUUGUACAUGUUGACAAUAUUACUAUCGUGGCAAUGAAUAAUAAUACUAUUACAAUGAUAAAACAAUCUAUUGUACGUCAUUUACAAUAUACAGACAGUAACGAAUUACACUGGCUACUUAGUAUAGAGAUUCAAUGCAACAGAGAGCAUAGAUUCAUCAGGAUGUGUCAGACACAUUAUAUUAAUAGUAUAAUAGAAUGUUACAAACUUACAAAUGAACGAAGUGUACAAACACCCAUACAGCCUGGUACACAAUUAAAAACAGUAUUGCAAACUGAUAAUGAUAGAAAACAAAUGUCUGAUAUACCAUACAUGAACAUGGUUGGUACACUUAGAUACAUUGCAGACUGUACACAGUCAGAUAUAGCAUUUGCAACAAAUCAGUUAGCAAAAUACCUCAAUGACCCUGGUAUGGAGCAUUAUCUGGCACUUAAACAUUGUUACAUGUACUUAAAAACUACGAACAAUGUCUGGCUCCAACUCAGCAGCACAAAUCAAUCAAUAUUGAACAGCUAUACAGACACAGACAGUAUGAUGCAAGAAGGGCAUUGUGCAAUAUCAGGAUAUGCAUUUUACUUGAGUGAUUCAUUAGUUUCAUGGUCAAGUAAAAGACAAACACUGGUGGCAAAUUCAAUGUAUGAAGCUGAAUUAAUAGCUCUUGCAAGAGGAACACAGGAAGUGAUCAUACUUAUGCAUUUAGCUGAAGAGAUUCUGCAGGUCUCUGAUGCACCAAUUAAUAUCUUUUACAAUAACAAUACUGUUAUAUGA